UCCCCGAGGCUCCCGAGUUGCUGGUUGAGCCAUUUUGCUCCGCACGGAGGAAGCGAUGGGCAGAUAGCGAGCCAAGGUGGGGGGAGUCCCCGAAGCGACCUUACAGCCAGCGAGACUGGGAGGGAGCAGAGGCGAGGCGAGGGGGCGCAGGACCCUUCCCAUCUCUGGCUGCUCCUUGGAAUUGGGCAGCCUAUGCCACUUUGGCCAACGGCUUGGAAGGGGACUUGCCUCCGACUGGGGGUGGCAGCAGCAAGAAGAGGGGGGUGAGGACCCCAGGCCCUCCCUCCCUCCACCCCAGACGCCUUCCACGACCAGCCGCUUCUCCCCCCUCUAGUCGCAGCUGCUGGAACCAUGAAUUGGGGGGCCGAGCUGUGGGACCAGUUUGACACCCUUGAAAAACAUACACAGUGGGGUAUUGACAUUCUGGAGAAAUAUAUCAAAUUUGUCAAAGACAGGACAGAGAUUGAGAUCAACUAUGCAAAGCAGCUUAGGAGCCUCGCAAAGAAAUACCAGCCUAAGAAGAACUCCAAAGAAGAGGAUGAAUACACGUAUUCGUCAUGCCGAGCUUUCCUAGCAACUUUGAAUGAAAUGAAUGACUACGCAGGACAACACGAGGUCAUUUCAGAGAACAUGACUUCCCAAAUCACCGCCGAGCUAGCCCGUUAUGUGCAAGAACUCAAGCAAGAAAGAAAAUCGCAUUUCCAUGAUGGCCGGAAAGCACAGCAACACAUAGAAACCUGUUGGAAACAGCUGGAAUCGAGCAAGCGGCGAUUUGAACGGGAUUGCAAAGAAGCUGACCGAGCUCAGCAGUACUUUGAGAAGAUGGACGCCGACAUCAACGUCACGAAAGCCGAUGUCGAAAAGGCGCGGCAGCAAGCCCAGCUCCGUCACCAGAUGGCCGAGGACAGCAAAGCAGAGUACUUGUCGACGUUGCAGAGGUUCAACCAUGAACAGAGGGAGCAUUACCACACGCACAUCCCCAACAUCUUCCAGAAAAUCCAGGACAUGGAAGAGAGACGAAUAAUCAGAAUAGGGGAAUCCAUGAAAACGUUUGCGGAGGUGGAUCGCCAGGUGACUCCCAUCAUUGGGAAGUGUCUGGAUGAGAUCACAAAGGCAGUGGAUUCCAUCGAUCCAAAGCACGACUCUCAGCUGGUCAUCGAAGCCUUUAAAUCUGGCUUCGAGCCUCCUGGAGACGUUGACUUUGAAGACUUCACCCAGCCGAUCAAGCGGGCGGUUUCAGAAUCCAGCCUGUCGAAUUCCAAAGACGGUAAAUCGGAAUCCAGAUUCACAAGCAAGUCCAAGGGCAAAUUAUGGCCUUUCAUCAAAAAAAACAAGCUUAUGUCCCUUUUAACACCCCCCUAUCAGCCUCCUCCUUUGCCCCCUUCCUCUGCCUCGCCUUCUGCUGUUCCUAAUGGCCCCCAGUCACCCAAGCAGCCAAAGGAACCCCUCUCCCAUCGCUUCAACGAGUUCAUGACCUCCAAACCCAAAAUCCACUGCUUCAGGAGCCUAAAGCGUGGGCUUUCCCUGAAGCUGAUAACUUUGAAUAUGCAGGUCUGGAAUCUAAUGGAGGGAGGUGGACCAGAAGAUUUCAGCCAUCUCCCCCCAGAGCAAAGAAGAAAGAAACUCCAGCAAAAGGUGGAUGACCUCAACAAGGAUAUUCAGAAAGAGCUGGAUCAAAGAGAGGCCUUAACGAAAAUGAAAGAUGUCUACAUCAAGAACCCCCAAAUGGGGGACGCAGCUAGUGUGGACAUUAAGCUAGCUGAACUGGGACAAAACCUGGAGAAGCUGCGGCUGGAAGUACAAAAAUUUGAGGGCUGGUUAGCGGAGGUGGAAGGCCGGUUACCUGUACGGACAGAGGUGCUGCACCGCCAGAGCGGAGCGUACGAUCCGCAGACCAACACCUUGACCGUCAACAACUGCGUCCAGGACCGAGAGAGCAGUCCCGAUGGUGGUUACACAGAGGAACCCAGCCAGGAGAGUGAGAUGAAAACGCCGACGACCGAAUUUGACGACGAAUUUGACGACGAAGAACCCUUGCCCACCAUUGGCACCUGCAAGGCUUUGUACACCUUUGAAGGGCAGAAUGAAGGAACCAUUUCUGUGACGGAAGGAGAAACCCUCUACGUCAUAGAGGAAGACAAAGGCGACGGGUGGACACGGAUCCGGAGGAACGAGGACGAGGAAGGCUACGUCCCUACCUCCUACGUUGAAGUCUUUUUGGAGAAGAAUGCCAAAGAUUCCUAAAAAACGUCAGUUGCCGUUACAAAAGCCUCGGGGCAAGCUGGGCACGGGAGGAGAAACGGCUGAUCUGAUUUUAUUCUUAUUUUUUAAAAGUGCCCCAUUUUUAAAACCACUUCCGGCAUUUGCAAGCUUGGAAUGAAGGCAGCCCUUACGGAGGGAGAAUUAAAACACCGCUCUAAAACGGUC